AUGUAAACUAAUUAAAAUACCUCAUCUAAUUUGUUACUUUAAAACAAGAAAGAAUAGUUCCACAUUCAAAUUAGAAAAGAAAAGAGAGAGGAGAUCUUCAAAUCCAAAAGAAUCAUACAAAAAUUAAACGAGACACAUGAACACAUCUAAAUGAAUCUUGAGUAAUUAGAUUACUACAUCACAGAAUUGAUGAAACAAUGUAUUGAUACCUACAGAAACAGAUAACCUGAUGAAUUAGAUAAAACUAUGAAUAAUUUAAUGAGUUUGAGAAUGUUACAGAAUUUUGAUUAUGGAGAAGAGACCUUCUCAUUUUGUUUGUUUAAGAAUGACUUUAUCGAAUACAUUCUUGUUCUAUUGAAUGAACAGUACGAUCAGGCAUCUCAAUUAUAAGUUGAAGCAGCCACUAUUUUAGCCAAUUUUUUUGGUAUGAUGGAUAAAAAUUCAAGAUUGUAUUUUUAAUCCUAUCUCCCCAUGUUGAAUAUACUUGGUGAUGCAUUAAUUUAGAAUCUUGGGAGAUUGCUGACUUCACAGAAUGCUAUCUUGGUUGAUUCAUGUUUGUAUGCUCUAGGAAAUGCAUUCUAUGAUUAAUAAAUAUUGGUUCAGAAAUUCAAAUAGCAUUUUGGAUUUAAGCAUCUGCUACAAAUGUCUAUGAAUCUGAACACCAUAGUCUGGGUAUUGGAUACUUUGACAGCCAAUCGAGAAUUUCUGAACAAAGAAGAGUUGCACUUAUCCUUACAAAUUAUAGAUAAAUAAUUGUAAACUUCUGAUGCCAAAGACAUUAGCCAUAGUUUAAGUGCCAUCAGGAAUCUCUGUCAAUAUCAAAUUAAUGCGAUACCAUUAAUUAUUGAUUUAGACUCUUUUUCUAAAAUUGUUGGGAUUAUUUUAUAGGGACAAGAUUUGGAACAUCAUUCUAUUUCCUUAGAUAUUAUAUUUUCACUAAGCAACUUAAAUGAAUUCGAUUAAAUUAAGAAGUUGGAAUAUAAAUAUCAUCUAAUGGAGAUAUAUAUUACAAAUUUGUCAUCUUACGAGAAGGAGUAUAGAUUGAGAUCAAUGGUGUCGUUGACUAACCUAUGCAAUCUGAAUGAGUAUUUUGCCAAUUCCUUAUCUAAAACCCCUUUUGUAAUAGAGAAAAUCAUAUCAAUAACAAUAUAGACAGAAUAGUAGUAGAUUCUAACUGGAGUUAACUUGAUUCAUAGCAUGUUACAGUAUGAAAAGAUUGAGAUUAACCAAAUUUUCAUUAGCAAUUAGAUCUUGAAUCUUAUUUCAAGGAUAUUGGAAUAUUUAGACAAUGAAAUAUUAAUCUCCACUUUGAAAUCUUUAUGGAUCUUAUUGCACUCUAUUGAUAACUAUACGGUUUAAUUGUAGAUUCCUGGAGAUAAUAAGGUCUAAUCACAAGUUUACAUAAUGAAUCAAUUAAAUAUACACAACAUCUAAGAUAAAUUGUUGACCUUAUACUAAAAUAUUAACAAUCAAGAAGUGAGAGAUUGGAUCGAUGAGUGCAUCAAUAUUUUGGAGAAAACUCAAAAUUAAAUUGAAAAUUAUUGA